GUACAUCUUUGUUUAAUUUGUCAUUUCUUAAAAGCAAAAUUUCAAAAGCGCUCGUCAGAGCUCACUUUGAGAUAUGAAAUUACCAUUAAGCUAUGUAAAUACAUUUUUUUAAAUAUUUUCGUAGGACAGAAUAUAUAGUCUAUUGGUGAACCACAGCGGAAAAUAUUAAAAAUUAUAUAUUUUAAUAAUUACGCACCCAUUUUUAUAAAUGACUUAUUAUACGAUUUUGGAAACAGCUUUUUAUGAGAAAAGCCCGAUUUUAUUCGUUAAAACUAUUUUGUAUCGAUUAACUGAGGAUGAAUAAAUAAUAAAAGUAAAUUUACAUAAUUAUUAUACGACGAUAGUUAUUACAAACUAUUAUUGAAAAUGGCCUUACGCGCACGGGCGAAUGUGAUUUAGUACGCGCCGGGUCAUCCCAGAGGGUGGACGUAUCGCUCAUUUCCCGCGCGUCUAAAAGUUGAUUGACCUUACGUACGACCGAGGUUCAAAAGGAGUAUAGUGCGUCAUUGGAUUUGAUACUUUAGCAUGGGUAACAAACGCAAAAAAUAUAGUUGCAGUAGAAAUGCGAAGUCUGCAGCGAACGCCAGGCAAUCAAAAAGGAGAAAGAUUAACGAGGAAAAAAACCAACGUACUCAUGAAUCUCCUGACAAUAACGACUCCUGUGUUGAUUCAAAAAAUAAUAAUCGUGACAAUGAAUUAUUUGAUGCACUCAUAUCGGAUCUGGAAAAAAUAGAUGAGAAAAAACAAAAUAUACAUUUAGAAGAAACGGCAAAUAUUGAAGAGUUUGAAUUGGAAGUGGAGCCACAAAAACAUAUCAUUCCUCCAUAUCAAAUUAUAGGAAGAAGGAUUGUUGAUUUCAUGUAUUUCUUUGAUCAAAUCAAAAUCGUAGCUAACCAUAAUCCUGGACUCGGUUGUUCAAUAAGUAAUGUUGAAAUUGUCAAAGAAAUACUUAAUGGCUUAGAAUCGACAAUCCACUUCAAAUGUACAAUGUGUAACAAGAAAUUUAAUGUCACACUAUGCAAUAAUAAUUUUCCAAAAGAGAUGACCACAAACCAUGCUGCAGUGACUGGUGCCAUGUUAAUUGGUUGUGGUUGGAGCAACCUGAAUGAGUUUUUGAGUGCUAUAGAUCUUCCAAAUUUAGGUCAAAAAUCUUAUGCAACUUGCCAUAAUGACGUAUCCAAGUGGUGGGCAGUUGCUGCAGAGGCAUCAAUGAAAGAGGCUGCUGAGGAGGAAGCAAAGCUAGCCAUCGAAGGUGGUGAAGUUAUAACAGGAAUUCCUUCAAUCACAGUAGUAGCCGAUGCUUGUUGGUCGAAACGGUCCUACAAAAGUAACUUUUCUGCACCUUCUGGAGCAGGCGCAAUUAUUGGAAUUAAAACAGGGAAGGUGUUACAUAUGGAAGUAAAAAAUAAAUACUGCAUAAUUUGUGCCCGAUCGUUGAAGAACAAUAAUUCGCCUCCAAAUCAUAAAUGUGCUCGUAAUCACACAGGUUCCUCGAGUAGCAUGGAACAAGCUAGUAUUGUCGAAGGCUUCAAAAACUCAGUUGAAAAGCGCAAUUUAAUAUACUCGACGCUUAUCGCCGAUGGAGAUGCGAGCACAUACAAAAAAAUUUUGGAAAGCCGGCCCUAUGCCAAUGUUCAAGUCCAGAAAAUUGAAUGCUCCAAUCACUUAUUAAGAAACUACUGUAGCAAACUAAUGCAACUGCAAAAAGAUACUUCGAUUCCUCUUACUGAGCGCAAAUUAUUAACUUCCGAACGCAUCACUCGUCUCCGAACAGCGGUAAGAGCAGCAGCUCGCUUUCGCAAUGCUCAAACUACAAGCAACUCUGAAAAAAUUUUAAAACUAAGAGACGACAUCAUCAACAGUCCGAAGCAUGUUUUUGGCGACCACAGUGCAUGUGAAAAUUAUUAUUGUCCAGAGGAUAAAAAAAAAGAGCAGAACCUAGUUCCUGUUGUAAAAAACUUGUUUGGUAAACUUAUAGCUCACGUGUCCCAAAUAGCCUUGCAUUCUAAAAGUUUACUCUGGAAUGUCAACAACAACAGAGCCGAACAGUUUAAUAGCAUUGUGGCUAAGCAUAUAGGGGCAAAAAGAAUAAAUUUUUCUUUAAAAAACUCUUAUACUGCCAGGUGCCAUGCUGCGGUUGUUGCAUUUAAUACCGGUAAACCACAGUACAAUUUAUACCAAACUAACUUCAAACAAAGUCCGAGGAAAGCUGUAAAAAUUCUGGAGUUGCGCCGGCGUAGGCGCAAUAUUCAUCGCCGCCGUCAAGGUCCUAAAAGGAAAAUAAUAUUUAGUAAUGAGAACCGAGACUACGGAGAGAAAUGCCAAAAACCAGAUUUGAGUCCAGAGCAGUACGACAUAGCCAAAAGUUUGUUUUUGUCUAAUUUGAAAGAACUUGUGGAAAAUCGUCAUGCCGUUGAACGUGACACGGUAUUACAAGCUGAAAGUGCGUUGUGGCUAGAGCUCCGUAGAUGCCUGUUGACAGCCUCAUCAUUCAGCAAGAUUUGCAAGAGACGACCCAACAUAAGCUCAGCACCUCUUGUGAAGUCCAUCGUAUACUCGUAUUCGUUGGACAAAGUGCCAGCCAUAGAAUAUGGUAAAAGUAAUGAAAAAUCUGCUAUAGACCAACUACAGCAACAAGAAAACAUCGUUGUGGAAAAGUGUGGACUUUUCAUCGACAAAGAGCAUUAUUUCUUGGGUGCAUCUCCCGAUGGUCUCUACAACCAGGGAAUUAUUGAAAUAAAAUGUCCAUAUUCUGCACGCAACAUGGAUGCUGAGGAAGCGAUAAGGCAGCGCAAAAUUAAAUUUUGGAAAUUGGACGGCACCGUUAAUACCAACCACGAUUGGUAUUACCAAAUUCAGGGGCAGCUUCACAUUAGCGAAAAGAAAUUGUGUCUUUUUGCUGUGUGGACUGAUCAACAAUUUCCACUUAAAGUGGAAGUAAUAUCAAGGGACGAGGGUUUUUGCUCGUCUCGCGUCGAUUUUGACUUGGCUGAAUUGGGAUAA